UUAAGUGCAACAAUUCCGCGAAAACGCCGUAGAAUGUUAAGCCCCGAAGAGACGCCGAUCACCGAGGAGCAGAGACGGCUGUCGCAGAAUGGUGUCCUGAACGCAGCAUUCAUACAGCAUCCACCACCAUCGCAGAAUGCGCCAUCGUUGCAAACAACAUCGGACAUCACAAUGAUACAGCAAAUGCUGCACCUGUUACAGCAGCAAAUGGCCCAACAGCAGCAGCAAAUGACACAGCAGCAGCAACUAUUUUCUCAGCUUAUGCAGCAACGGGAACAGCAGCAACCUACACCAGUGACCCAUUAUAGUGAGCUUCAACCUACCGCGAAACCCAGCAAUCCGGAGCUCAUCCUCGAAGCUCUUGCUGGCAAUAUUACCGAGUUUCAUCAUGAUGCGGAAGCCAACAUCACAUUUGAGUCAUGGUACGCGCGAUACGAUGACCUGUUCGCGCAAGAUGCAUCCCGUUUGGACGACGCAGCAAAAGUUCGACUCCUUGGACGAAAGUUAGGAGCAGGCGAGUAUGCUCGUUUCACCAAUUUCAUUUUACCGCGUGCCCCCCGUGACCUUUCAUUUUCAGAAAUGGUGGAAAAGCUCACGGUGCUUUUUGGCAAAAUGGAGUCGACCCUAAGCAAGCGGUAUAAAUGUUUGAGCAUCACCAAAUCGCGCUCCGAGGAUCUUUUGUCAUUUACCGGCCGAGUAAACCGCGCAUGCGUCGAUUUUGAAUUUGCAUCUAUGACAGAAGAGCAAUUCAAAUGUCUCGUCCUGGUAUGCGGAUUGAAGGAUGAAUGUGAUCGUGAUAUUCGUGUCAGGCUGCUUGCUAGCAUGGAAGAGCGCACAGAUGCAACCCUUGCGCAGCUAGCAGAAGAUUGCCACCGGCUAGCACGAGUUAAAGCGGAUAGUGCUAUGAUCGCGACCGAUACGAGCGAACGUGUGCACGCGGUCCAUGCGGGUGGAGAUAAGCAGCCGUACCAGAGGAACGACGAGCGAAACUCCAAACCGUUUGACAGAAGCACUGGUUCCAAACCCCGUAAUCCGUGUUGGCUUUGUGGUGCAUUGCAUUGGUCCAGGGAAUGCACGUACAAGGCGCACAAGUGUCGUGAUUGCGGUCGCAUCGGUCAUCGAGAGGGACAUUGCGCUUCCUCACACCGCCGCACGAGGCAUAAGAAAUUUUACCAGCGACCAUCCGUAGCAACCAGAGUGGUACGAGUCAACGUUUGCAGUGUCCAGCAGCACAGAAAAUUUGUGACCAUCCAGAUCGGGAAUAAAUCAGCAAGGUUACAAUUGGAUACCGGCUCGGAUAUCUCGGUUAUCAGCCAGCGCAUGUGGAAGCAGUUGGGUAAACCAUAUCUGACACCAGUAACGGUAAGAGCCAAAGCAGCAUCCGGUGACGUCCUCAGACUGGAAGGUGAGUUCAUAGCGAACGUGUCCAUUGAAAACCGUACAAAGCGAGCUACCAUAAUAGUGUCCAAAAUGGAGUUGGCGUUGUUGGGAGCGGACAUGGUUAAUCUUUUCGCCCUAGGAACGAUCCCGAUGGAUAAUUUUUGCAACAACAUUAAAGAAGCAGAUCCACGGUCCUGGGAGGACAAAUUUCCGUCGGUAUUCCAUGGCACGGGGAUUUGUACCAAAGCCAGCGUACAUCUGCAGCUACGAAAAGAUACCCGUCCAGUGUUUCGUCCCAAGCGCCCCGUUGCGUAUGCAAUGGAAGAGAUUGUCAACAAGGAGCUCGAUCGGUUGGAAGGCUUGGGCAUUAUAUCACCUGUCGAUUACUCGGAUUGGGCAGCACCAGUCGUUGUGGUCAGGAAGGCUAACGGACAGAUACGACUAUGCGGCGAUUAUUCGACCGGCCUGAAUGCAGCUUUACACCCGCAUGAGUAUCCACUUCCGUUACCACAGGAUAUUUUUUCUAAACUGGCUAGAUGCAAAAUAUUUACACAACUCGAUCUUUCAGAUGCGUUUCUCCAGGUGGAAAUAGAGACAGGAUGUCGGCCAUUGCUCACGAUUAACACUCACCGAGGCCUUUACCACUACAAUAGACUCCCCCCAGGCAUCAAAGUAGCACCGGGAGCAUUCCAGCAGAUCAUGGACAAGAUGCUCGCCGGCAUAAACGGAGUAUCAGCCUAUAUGGAUGACGUGAUUAUCGGUGGUAAAACGCAAGAAGAGCACGACAUCGCCCUGGAGGAAACAAUUAAACGCAUACAAGACUACGGCUUUACAAUACGAUCAGAAAAGUGUGCGUUCAAUAAGCCACAAAUCCGCUAUUUAGGGCAUAUUAUAGACAGCCAAGGCCUCAGACCUGACCCGUUGAAGAUCGAAGCCAUUAAAAAACUGCCUCCACCGAAAGAUAUCUCAGGAGUACGAUCGUUCAUCGGUGCGGUGAACUACUAUGCAAAGUUCAUCCCAAGUAUUAGAGAUCUGCGUUACCCAAUGGACAAAUUGCUGCAAAAUGGUAACACAUUUGAAUGGACACCGGAAUGCCAAAAAGUGUUCGAGCGUUUCAAAACCGUUCUUUCUUCAGACCUCCUGCUCACACAUUAUGACCCGAAGCUUGACAUUGUGGUUUCGGCCGAUGCUUCAUCUAUUGGACUUGGGGCAACGCUUAGUCACAAAUUUGCUGAUGGAUCUCUUAAGGUGGUGCAACACGCAUCUAGAGCGCUGAGUAAGGCUGAAGAGGGUUACAGCCAAAUCGAUCGAGAAGGUCUCGCCAUCAUAUUUGCUGUAACGAAAUUCCAUCGGAUGCUAUACGGUCGACAUUUUACGUUGCAAACCGACCACCGGCCAUUAGUGCGAAUUUUUGGAAGCAAAAAGGGGAUUCCAACGUAUACAGCUAAUCGAUUGCAGAGAUUCGCAUUAACACUUCAGCUUUACGACAUGACCAUCGAAUACAUCCCCACUGGUUCUUUUGGCAACGCCGACGUUCUUUCUCGCCUCAUACAAAACCAUGCAAAACCAGAGUCGGAAUACAUCGUAGCAAGCAUCGAAUUAGAGCAGGAUCUCAGGUCAGUUGUCGUAAAUGCCUUACUAACAUUCCCUAUUCGUUUCAGAGACAUUGAGCUCUACACUCAGCAAGAUCCGUCGCUCCAGAAGGUUUACAAGUACGUGCGAGAUGGUUGGCCUCGCGACGUAGCUUACGGAACAGAUCUUGCACGGCUCUACGAUAGAAGGGAAUCGCUGACCAACGUGGAUGGCUGCAUUCUUUUUGGAGAGAGAGUAGUCAUCCCGGAGAAGCUGCGCAAUCGCUGUUUAAAUCAACUACACCGAGGACAUCCGGGAAUGCAGAGGAUGAAAGCGGUUGCACGUAGCUACGUAUAUUGGCCUAAGUUGGAUGACGACAUAGCACGCUAUGUGGCCUCCUGCGAGGCAUGUGCAGCAGCGGCAAAAUCACCACCAAGGGCAACAUCAAUGGCGUGGCCAAAACCUUCGGCAGUUUGGAACCGAGUUCACAUCGAUUACGCAGGCCCUUGGGAGGGCGUUUAUUUCCUGGUUGUAGUCGACGCGUAUUCCAAAUGGCCGGAGAUCGUCAAAACUACGAGCACCACCACAACAGCCACGAUUGCCAUUCUAAGGAACUUGUUUGCUCGUUUCGGUAUGCCUGCAACCUUAGUCAGCGACAAUGGCACACAGUUCGUUAGCGGUCCGUUCAAGGAGUUUUGUCAGCAUAACGGGAUUGAGCAUAUUACUACGGCUCCCUUUCACCCACAGUCGAACGGACAGGCGGAGCGAUUCGUCGAUACUCUUAAACGUUCUUUGAGGAAGAUCAGAACGGAGGAGAGUAAGCUAGAUGAGGACUUGGAGCUUUUCCUGAUGACGUAUCGUUCUACACCAAAUGCUCAACUCGAACAGCAGAAAAGUCCAGCGGAGGAAAUGUUCGGUCGCCCGAUAAGAACUGCAUUGGAGCUAUUGCGACCUCCUUCAUCGUGUGAAGAAUCAUCCCCAUCAUCAUCAAUUUCAUCAGUUCGCAGAUUUCAUCGCAGCGACACAGUUUGGGCAAAGUAUUUUAGCAACAACUCGUGGAAGUGGAUCCCAGGGGAGAUUGUCCGCAGCUGCGGGCGUGUAAUGUUCGAGAUCGUUGCCGAAGAUGGACGGUUGUUAAGGCGUCACGUAAAUCAGCUGAGGUGACGAGUUGGUAACGGUUCAUCACCAGCAGUUCAGCUACCCCUUGACGUGCUGUUGGCGGAAUGGAAGGCAUCCAGUCAGCCCGAGAGUGGACAUCAUGUACCGGCAACCCAUUCUACUGAUCAGUCUGCAUUUGAGACAUCCCAACACACUGCGGCCUCCACACCACCACAACCGCAGCAGGCCCUGGAGACCGAACAUCCUA